AUGGAUUCGAUCUCUCUUCCGGCAGGCAAAGAUGUCCUGGUGCUUGUGGCUGCAGCUGUGGCUAUCAUUGUCGCCAUCCCGCUUCUCUUUGUGUUGAACCAAUUGCUAGGCUCGCUCUACCGUAUGACGGUGGACGAGUGGACCAGCAGCUGGAAACAUAUCCCUAAGGUCAAGACCACCGAUCCUCUCUCCCUUAUUUUCGGUGAUUUCCGUGCUAUCAAGAAUGCUCCGCCGGCGGACAAGCACGUUGAGUGGAUGAACCAGCUCGGUCCGGUUUACCGCUACCGUCAUAUGUUCUAUGUGCAACGCAUUCUCCUUGCCGAUCCCAAGGCCCUGAUUCAUGUGCUGAGCCCUGCGAAGGCCUACCAGUACCCUAAGCCCGAGUACACCAGUGCUUUCCUUACUGCUGCGCUUGGUGAGGGUCUGGUCUCGAUUGAGGGUGAGAAGCACGCGCGUCAGCGCCGCAUUAUCGCGCCUGCGUUUGCCCCGAGUGUGGUGAAGCAGUUCCAGCCGUGCAUCCACCGCCACGCUAAGCUGCUUGUCGACAAGCUGAAGGUUAUCAUUCAGCGUGACAUUGAUCGUCGCACUGGCAAGCUCCCUGCUGACACCGAAGUGACUGGUCAGACCCCGUCGGACCGGGCUUACCCUCUCAAGGACCCGCAGCACAGUGUUGUGAUUGACGUUCUGUUCUGGCUUUCGCGUACGACUCUUGACAUUAUCGGUGAAAUUGGUUUCAACGCCGACUUCCAAUCGCUGGAGCGUGGUAACCAGGACCCUCUUGCCAACGCUAUGACGACGCUGAUGGGUGCUAUUCUCGACCUGGAGCUUUCCACUGCCGUGUUCUUGAUUCUCUCGGAGAAGCCUGGUAUGUCGUGGCUGCGCAAGCUUCCUACUCGCCGCAACCUGUUGAUCCGCAGUGCACAGAAGACCGUGGAGAACCACGCGCGUGAGAUUGUGAACAACAUCCGUAACGAGAUUUUGGCGGAGAACCAGGGCAUGUCGAAGGAUUUGUUCGAUGACGAAUCGUCGCCCAAGUCGCUGAUUUACCGUAUGAUUCGUGCCAACAUGGCCACCGACCUCAAGCCGUCGGAACGCAUGUCGAACUCGGAGCUGAUGGGUCAGAUGACGACGCUGAUUAUUGCUGGUCACGAGACGACGGCUACGCAGAACACGUGGGCUCUUUGGCUUUUGGCCAUGCACCCCGAGGUGCAGGAGCGCCUGCGCAAGGAGAUCAAGGACGCUGUGGCGAAGGAGCACGCUGAGAUGGAUGACUUGCCUGAGGAGGAGCGCGCCAUCUACAACACGCAGCCGCUGCGUGAUGUGACUACGCUGCCGUACCUUGAGAACGUUGUGAAGGAGUCGAUCCGUAUGCUGCCUUCGAUUCCGAGCACGGUCCGUGUCGCCCUGAAGGACGACGUUGUGCCGCUCUCGAAGUCGUACACCCGCGCUGAUGGCAAGGGCACCUUCAACCAGGUUGUGAUCCCGAAGGGUCACGAGCUCUUCAUCCCGCUCAACGCCAUUCAACUGUCGAAGGAUCUGUGGGGCGAGGAUGCGCAAGACUUCAACCCCGACCGUUGGGACAACCUGCCUGCGUCGGUCAUCAACGCCAAGAUGCCGCCGGGCCACACGUUUGCUUUCCUGUCGGGCCCGCGUUCGUGCGUUGGUAAGCAGGUUGCUACGCUGGAGACACAGGUGAUUCUCGCGCAUUUGCUUAUGAACUUCCGCUUUGACAUUGUGCCCGACUGGGACUUUGUGCAGCGUCAGCAAGUGGUGCGUCGUGCGUUCGUCGACGGUCAGUGGAAGGAAGGUAUCCGUAUGCCAUUGAUCAUGACACCGCUCGACAACUAA